CCCCCGCCGAGGCCCCGCCCCCCGCUGAGCCCCGCCCCCAGGCUCGCGGCUGGGCGCCAUGCUGGACAUGCUGACGGACCGCUGCGCGGCGCUGUGCCUGCUGCUCAACCUGGCGCUGCUCUACCCCCCCGCCGCCCCCUGGCUGCAGCUCAGCAUCGUCCUGGACGUGGCCAGCCAUUGGCUGCACCUGCACACCUGCACCCUGGAGGGCGCCGAGAGCCACAAGGGGGCGGGGCCGGGCGGGAGCCGCCUGCUGCAGCUCUACUACAAGCACCGCGCCGUGCUGUUCCUGCUCUGUGCCGGUAACGAGGGCUUCUACUGCAGCCUGUACCUGGUGUACUUCGGGGAGGGGCCUGCGGGUGAGACUGGGGGCACUGGGAGGGACUGGGAGGGACUGGGGGGC